CAACAAUUACAAUCAUCAUUUUACUACUAAUUCUACAAUAUUCUAGACCGACGGUAGAAGGCAUUGAAUUUGUUAUGGCUUUCCAACCAGUUUUCUUAAUGGCGAAGCCAUUCCAAUCAAGAACGAACAUAAUUACUCAUUGGGUUCCUCAUCUCAUCCGGGAAAAGACUCGGGAAAUUUGAUUGCAGGGGCUAAGAGAGGAAGAAAAGAAAAAGAAGAGAAUGAACAGAGGCAGAGGCAGAGGUCGUAACAGAGGAAUGCUGUACCUGCUGGCAAUGCAGGUUGCCUCUGAGUAUUUUCAGAUGGAAAGGAAGCCCCCGGUCACAGCCACCUUAAUUGCAGCAAAUACCUUGGUUUAUCUCAGGCCUGGUGUGUUGGAUGAUUUGCUUCCUUCUCUCUCUGAGGUCUGUCUCCAUCCCCAUUUGGUUAUCAAGAACAGGGAUAUUAAACGACUAUUUUUUUCAGCUUUUUAUCAUGUGGAUGAUUCUCAUCUUGCAUACAACAUGCUCUCCUUGCUGUGGAAGGGAGUUCAAUUAGAAAGGAUGAUGGGAAGCACAGAAUUUGCUUCGGCUGUUGUUGUGCUACUUGGUAUGUCACAUGGGAUAGAGGUAAUCCUUGCAAAGAUGCUCGCAACAUUCUUCGAUUACCCACAUUACUAUUUCUCUGAAUGUUCAGUUGGAUUUUCAGCCGUGCUGUUUGCUUUGAAAGUUAUUCUCAGUUCAGACUCCCCGGGUUACACCAACGUGUAUGGACUGAUUGUUCCAGCACGACAUGCUGCAUGGACAGAGUUACUACUCAUACAAAUGUUUGUUCCUGGUGUCUCUUUCCUUGGCCAUCUUAGUGGUAUCAUUUCAGGACUUCUCUACCUCUGGUCCAGAAGAUUCUUCUCUCGUAGUAAUCCUUUUACUCCAAUGCUGAGGAAAUUUACUUGGUUUGUGGGUUUGCCCUACAGACUAGUUCAAGGUUACUUAAAUCGUUACAGAAGGCAUACUUAUGGUCGUGGAACUGUGGGUGGUAGAAGUGUACCGCGUUCAAUUGGAAAUAGUAGAGCUGAAAAUGUCAAUGCAGUUUGGCGCUGCCCAGCUUGUACUUUUGACAACAAUAUACAUUUAGAAGUGUGUGAAAUUUGUGCUACAAGACGAGGAAAUACUGAUGUCAGUCCUUCGGCUCCACCAUUGUCACAAACAGAAACCAGAAUCAGCUCUCAUGACUUGUCUUUAGAGGAAUUACGAAGACGACGACUUGAGCGUUUCAGUAGAUGACAACUAAUGACUAUUUUUCAAGAUUGUAGUCUUUCUUAUGUUGUAAUUAACAAUAGAAUAUGUAUCAAGUAAUAUCGAUCCCAUUCUUUUUGAAUUAAGAUCAAAUACUUUUUAAAGUGA